UCAGCUGGAGGAUGUCUCAGUUUUUCCUUCUUAUUGUGUCUGUGAUCAUCACAGGUUCUCUCUCAGUCGCCUGGGACAUGGUCGUCUCUCCGAAGGUCAACGUGUCGAGAGGAGAAGACGCCGUCCUCGGCUGCUCCUUCACUCAUCCCAGACAGCAGGACUACUCAGGGACCAUCACAGUUAAAUGGUUGGCCAGAGAGUCAGGCGGUCAGCCAUUUUUCCAAUGUUCACUUAAAAACAACUCCAUGGAAGGACUCGGAAACUGUUCAGGGUCAGGGCUAAGAUUUCACCUGGAUGGAGACCCUCGGCAAGGGGCGCUGUCGCUCCUCAUCCGGACGGUGCAGCUGACCGAUAACGGUGCUUAUUACUGCCGAGUGGAGCUGGACAAGUGGUGGGAGGCUUUCCAAAAACUGACACAUCUGACCGUUACAGCGAAGCCGCAGAUCCUGAGCCUCUCUGUGAUGGAGGACGGCGCCACCCGCAGGCUGCGGUGUGAGGUGGAGGGCCACCCGACCCCCAGCAUCACCUGGCUGUCAGCCUCCACACCUCUGCCAGAAGAUCAGGUCCAGACCUCUGAGUCCGGCCAGUACCGGCUGAUGAGCUCCGUCCCGUACCCGGAGGAGGAUCAGCGGGUGAUCACCUGCAGGGCGGAGAGUGCGCUGGGCGUGGCGGAGCGGCGGUUUCCACACAGUAACACUCUGCUGAUAAGUCUGACUGUCUGUAGCCUCGUCGUGCUGCUGCUGCUGCUGCUGACAGGAUUCAUCAUUUACCGCCUGAAACACAGAGGAGGAAACCUGCUCAAAGAGGAAACAUGUGCUGGAGCCUCAGAUGUUUCUCCUGUUUAUGAAAACAUUGAAGUAGUUGUUCCUGAAGUGGAGAAUCAUCGACCAGCAGAUGGCGACGUUGAGUCUCAGCCUGUUUACUGCGACGUCACGCUGCAUUGCUCCACUUCCUCUCAACAUGCCAGUUUUAAAAGCUCCACACGGUCUCAUGAGGAUAAAGACGUCAUCUACUCUCCUGUGAACGUCCAGCAGUGAGCGAGGAACAACAGAGAAUAUUUCAACAUCAACGUCUGCAGGACUUUUCAUGUUAUUAUAGUUUUCAUAUGAAAGCAGCUUUUAUAGAUACGGAUUGUUUGUUUUUGUUUUUUUUUUGCUGUUUUGUUGGAAAAAUGACUCACUUGAUGGACUUCCUGUUAUAAUAUCAGAUAGGAACAGGAAGCCUUCAAGGACAGUUUUAUAUAUGUAGUUUGUAUUUUUUAUGUAAAAUAAAUAAAAGUAUAUUAUACACUGAU